AUGGAGCCCGGGAACGGCGCUUUGCUGGCCUUCCAAAUCCCGGAGAGCCUCGACUACCGCGGGCUGCUUAGGCCGCCGGGGGCCGAGGAGGCUGGCCGGCUGGACGCCAGCACCGCCCCCGACCCCGACGGGUGGACGGCGGAGGACGUUGACGCAGCUUUGGGGCCGGUGAUGGCCGCGACGUCGCGGGCGCCGCACGAAUGCCUCAACCUGCUGACCACCGACACGUUUUGCUGCGCCUUCAACUUGGCGAGGCACUUUCCGAACCUCGAGCGGGCUCGGCAGCUCGCCUUCAGCCAGACGCUCGCCGCGCUGUGCAGCCGAGCGCACGACGUGCUGGAAAAGGUGCCACCGACCCCCUACUUCAGCAGCGCCGAGGCGGCGGCCAACCGUUCGUACCUCGACCUGGAGAGGAAGAUCGCGGGAUCUCGCGUAUCGGGCGCAUCGCAACAUGGCGCCAUGCUGUACAACGGCGCGGACACGGCGUUGAUGGUGAAACACAGCGACAUGGGACAGGUGCUGCGGUCGCUGUGCCACCUGUGCGUCUUCCUCGUAUGCACGACCUUCCGCUGCACCGUGGCCUCGUCCAAGGAGGGCGAGAAGAGUGCGUUGCUGUCGGAUCUGGCGCCCGGCAAGAAGGGGAAGUCCGCCCGCGGCGGCGGGGCACGUCGUCGCAAGGCGGGGGAUGACGGCAACGUGAACCUCGUCGCGCUGGAGCUGUUGGCGGACUCGCUGCUGCAGCUGGCCCGCAGCGCCAUCCGGGUGCCGUUCAGCGGGGAGUACGGCGGCAUCGGCAGGCCGGACUCGCCGCUGCUUCGGAUGCUGCUGGACACGCUGCUGCUGGCGUUGAGCACGCCCGCCAUGGGCCCCGCCACCGACAAGCUCACGGACGCCCUAUCGCGCCUGAUCAGGAUCCACUUCGAGAUAAUGAGGGAUUGCAUGCAGGCUGCUAAGGCUAGAAGGAUGUUGGCCGGCAGAGUUCCGCAGGGUGGCGGCCCGGAGGCGGCCGCAGCCGCCGAUGAGCCUGGCGACACCCCGGUGGACUCGGCGAGGACCGACGACAGCACCGCCGGCCGCCACGACUCCUCCGGGGUGGACAACGACUGGUUGGUGACGCUGUCGGAGGAGCUGAAGAAGAGCCACACCGUCAACGUCGCCGAUGCGCUGGUGCUAUUGGACGGCUCGGAGAUACCUGCCGCGGUGGUGAAUGAGCUUCUGGUGCUGGUGCGCGAACGCUUCGUGCUGCAGGCGUCGGGCGGCACCGUGCAAAUGAUGAGCUCGUUGAUCCAGCUGGAGUACACCAACGUGGGCGUCUUCAUCGAGCGGAUGGCGCGCAGGCUGCCGGAGGCCGUCCUGAGGAGCCUGGAGGAGCUGAGGCAGCUGCUGGACGUGCCGUGCUACAACCUGCGGAAGUCCAUCAUGGAGUCGGUGAAGCUCAUGGUCAUCAUGGCCAAGGGUGAGGGCGACGAUGCGCCGGCGGACGGCGCCGGCGACUACGCCGCGUCAUCCUCGAAAGCGGCGCUGUGCGCGCGCCACCGUGAGACCAUGCUGCAGCUGCUGUUGGCAAGGCAGUGUGACGCCUACAUGUACGCCCGCGCUUCGCUGCUCAAGGCGUUUCAGGAAAUCCUCGAGGCCGGGGCGCUGCCGAUCCGGUGGCUGGUCACCACCGCGAGCUUCGCCAUAUCCCGUUUGUGGGACCGGGGGUCGCAGGUGCGGCAGCGUGCGCUCAGCCUGUUGACCACUCUGAUCUUGGACGCCACGACCAAGCGGUUCAUGCUGCCGCUGAACGCCGCCGGCCUCAAGCAUGACCUCGGCAUCAUCCACGCCCAAAUGGCCAAGGUCGACACCAUCCUGUCGUAUGUCGCUAGAGGCGGCAGUUCGGCUGCUGAGGGGGAGGAAACGCCGGAGCAAGCGGGGCACGGACCACGUGCUGAAGACGGGGCCGUUGCACCUGACGAGGCGCAGUCCGACCCCGCUGAACCGUCAGAUGCCGCAAAGCCCGCUGAGCGGUCCGACUCCGCUGAACCGUCAGACUCCGCAAACCCCGCUGAGCGGUCCGACCCCGCUGAACCGUCAGAUGCCGCAAAGCCCGAUGAGCGGUCCGACCCCGCUGAACCGUCCGACGCCCCAGUCACCACCCCAAACGCACAGGCUGGCGAGCAGGAAUGCCAGCAGCUGCUCAGGGAAUUGAACGAGGAGUUGGGCGAGAGCAUCAGUUGGGAUGACCGGCGCGAUCUGGACACGUUGCGCGCCAAGUUGGAGGUGGCCGCCGAGAUGUACACCGACGUGCACGAAAUCGCCACCAAGGUGGAAUCCUCCAUCCGCGUUUGCGGCGACCUGUUGAAGUCGUCGGUGGAGGGCGACCAGCGCGCGGCGAUACGGUACCUUGCCACGUGCCACCUGAUGGGGGUGCAGCCAGCCACGGAGCUCCUGCCCAGGGUCUGGGCGCUAGCCUGGUCCAACAACCAGAACGUGGUGGACGCAGUUUUGCAUGAGUUCCGCAACCUGUACUUCUCGUACGGCGACGAGGCUGCCAUCGCCAACAGCCUGGUCGAGCUGCUCUCGAGCAGCUCCCUGACCUCGUUCGCGUCCAUCGAGAAGAUCUUCGAGGUCAACCUGGCGCGCGACCAGCCGUACUUUGCGAACCUCGACCGCGUGAUGGUGGCGCUGCUGCGGAUCGCGCUGGCUCCGAACCACCAGCUGGGUCGCGACGCCACUCCGAGGGUGGCGCUGGGCGUGAUGCGGCUGCUCAUCAACUCCUCGCUGCGGAGCAAGUCGCCCCUCGCUGCGGCCAUCCGCAACUUCGACGAGAAGCGGCUGAGCGCGAUCCGCGGCCUGCUGCAGCUGUCAGCGGGGCACUCCUGCACCAUAUUCGGCGAGGUGUGCUCCAUUCUGGCCGGCGCGACCCCGUCCCCCCUGAUGGAGGACGUCGCCGCGCACAUCCUCAAGCUCUUCGUGGGCAUGUUCGGCUCCACCGACAACAGCUGGUUCCGCAUGGCGCAGUGCGUAGUCGACGUGACCUUCACCCACUGCAAGUUCGCGGAGUCGGUGUGGUCGCAGACGCUCGGCGGCAUGAUGGAGAGGCUGGGCGUGCCCGGCAUCGGCAGCGGCGCCGACAAGUCGUCACUCGGGGCGGUGCCAGGUGGGCCGCCGAGCGAAGCGCUGCCAAGCGCGGAGUCGGACACCGCCACUGCCCCUGCCACGUCGACCGCCACCGUGCGUCAACUGGCGCAGGUGAUCUUCUUGUCCGGGCACGUCGCUAUACGCACCCUCAUCAGCAUGGACCGGCUGCAGACCGACCUGAAGAGUGCACGCGCCGACCUGGAGGCCCUGGAUGAGGGCAAUUUGGCCAACGACGCAUCGAGCCAGAUGGGCGUGGCCAGCAGCGACGAGCAGGAGCGCGACCUGUUCGAGCAGCUGUGCGACAAAAGCAUCGUCUGCGAGAAUCUGCUCGGCGGUCCUGUGAGGUCGCUCAUAGUCGCGUGCCUUCGCAACCCGCUGCACUUUGUGACGCACGGCUCCUCCGGCGGCCACCACUGGAGCCGUGGGGACCUCUCAGAGCCCUCGGCCGUCCCCCAGCAGGCUCUGGCCGCGGCGCAGCGAGAGGUGUCAAUCCUCAAGACCUGCGCGGCCAUAGCGCUGUGCAAGAUGGCCGCCGUCUCCAAGCGGUUUUGCAGGUCGCUCUUCCAGCCGGAUGACGCCUCGCGCCCGGCGUGCUCCGUCCUCGAGGUGAUCAUAUCGCUGCUGCUGAACAAGCGCCUCGCGCCGGGAGCGGACAGCGGUGCGUUAAUAGGGUCGCUGCGAAACUAUUACUACCUGAGCGAGCCCGUGGCAUCGGAGCUGCGGGCCACCCUGCUCAUCAGCUACGGCGACCUGCUGUGCCGCCACCCCAACCUGCUGGAGCCGUGGAAUGACGAGGUGUGGCCCAUCCUGCUGGACAGGGACGACCGCGUGCGCGAGACGGCGGUGCUGGUCUUCACCCACCUGGUGAUGAACGACAUGGUCAAGCCCCGAGGCAAGCUGGUGGACGCGAUGAUGUUCCUGACCCUGGACACGCACUCUAAGGUCUCGGACUGCGCGCGCACGUUCUUCCACGAGGUGGAUCGCAAGAACGCCAAUACGAUCUACAACUGCUUCCCCGAGAUGGUGGCCACGCUUGCGCGCAACCGAAGACGCCAGUCCGUUAAACGCAACCUGAAGGUCCUGCAGAUGCUGCUCAAGUUCAUACGACGUGACCGGCAGGCUGAGUCUAUCGUGGAGAAGGUGUGCUUCCGCCUGCAGGCGACCGCGCCGAGCGACCGCCCGGCCAUCGUGGUGUACGCCCACGUGCUGCUUGGCCUGUGCCAGGACGAGCGGUGCAUGGCGAAGCUGAUAGCUUCGAUGCCGUUGAUCAACAGGGUGCUGCUGGAGAGCGACAUUCUGCUAGCUGCGCUGCUGAUCAUCUGCAAGCGCGCGCGGUCCUCGAACCUGGGCAGGCGCGCCGGCGACGCGGAACGGCCGGGCGACGGCGGCGAUACGACCGCCCCCGGCGCGCUCGCCGUCGCGGGCGGCGCUGCUGGCGAGAGCGCCUCGAUAAAGGACCAAGCGGAGGAGCUGAGCAGCCGGCUGCAUUCACUGUUCGGCGAGCGCAGGUCCUCGCAUGUAACCCACAUUGCGGCAAACGCCGAGUCCAUCGUCGCCGCAGCGGAGAAGCCGGGCCCUGGCGAGGACGAUGCCGCCUGUGCUGAGAACCUGUUCAUCCGCAACUUCGGCUGGGUCUCGGCGGGGACCGACCGGGACCUGAGCGACAACGAACCGGAGCCGCCGCAAGCGGGGCACAGCGAAUUGCUCGCGCAUGUGAAGCAAGAAUUGGAUGUGGCAGUCGGGAGCAGACUGGUGGAACGCGCCUCAGAGGGCACGAAGCGCAAACGGUCGGCCCAGAGCUCCUGA